GUAGUUACUCAGUCAGUUACCGUACCGGUGACCGGUGAGUAGGCUACUCUCGACCCUCCACAACAGAUUGGCAAGUUUGAGGUGGAAGAUGGUGGUCAGCUGGUACUGGGUCCAGUGUGGUACGCUCAUUACGAUAUGUUGCAGUGUCUUCACCUCCCCGCCACCACUUACGCCCACGGACACAACACCACAAACUUCUGCCCUGCUGGAACACCUCUACCCUGACAAUUUCACUACCUUCCUGGAGCGGACGAAAAGACAAGAUACUGCAGAAUUGUGUGACUUCGGCACUGACGCGGAUCUGAACACUUGUGAGUGGACUAACCGGAACGGCACGGCGCUAAGAUGGGAAUUGGGAGCCGGUACUCUGUCCAACUGGCUAGGGGGGCCAACGAGAGACGCCAGCGGCACUGAGGAUGCCGACAAAGGAGGAUAUAUAUUCUUCGAGACGUCCCUGCUGGCGGCGCCGGUGCUACGGGUCGAUGACAUCACGAUACGGGAAGGCCAGAACGCGUUUAUCGAGAGCCCGGUUCUAAGCACGACGGGGGCAGAGGGCAAGUGUGUUGGGUUCAGUUUUGCAAUAGACGGCCUCAGUGCCUCUGGGCUGCGAGUGAUCCUGCAGCCGGUGAAUAAGGACGGGCGGCCGGACGGCUACCUUCGCGUACUCUGGGGCACCAAGGAUCCUACUAACGACAUGUGGAUGAAGUCUGAGGUCCUCUACACCUACAACAAAGACCAUCAGAUUGUCUUUGAAGGGAUCGCGAAGGAGCUGCCUGACCCUUAUCGCAAGUAUCGAGGAUAUGUGGCUGUGGAUAGUCUCAUGCUCAAGCCUGGAUCCGAAUGCAAGGGCCAUUGUACCUUCGAGGGCGGCUUUUGUGGCUGGACCAAUGAUCCAAAUGAUGACUUCGAAUGGUCUUUGGGCAGGGGAAGCCGAAACCCAUCAACAGGGCCUGCGACAGACAGGUCCAGCUUCAUCUACGGUGGUAUGGAGGGAGGCUACGUGUUCAUCGAUUCGUCCUACCCUCGCCGGCCAGGAGACAUAGCCAGGCUGUCCAGCAUGGAGUUUGAACCUACCGGAGUCGAUAUGCCGUUGUGUAUGCGGUUCUGGACCCAUAUGUUUGGCAACGGAGUGGGUACGUUGAGUAUCCAUCUCCAGGACACUCGGGACAACACGGAGCAGCAGAUAUGGAGUCUGACGGGUGAAGCAGGCAACGCAUGGUACCAGGCUGAGGUUCCUGUUUCCUCAGCAAACACGUUUAAGAUUAUUCUAGUGGGAAAAGUUGGAAAGAACAACCUGGGUGACAUUGCUGUGGAUGACAUCUCACUUACACCAGGAAGUUGUCCUACGGCUCCCCAGGUAGCGGCUCCUGGGUCAGGAGACUGCACGUUCGAGGUAGAUGAGUGUGGCUGGAGUAACGUAGGUUCUCGGGAGCGGCUGGACGACAUCGACUGGGAGCGGACGUCAGGCCAGUCCCUGCGUACUGCCGCCCAGGACCACACCAUCGGCACCGAGAAAGGAUACUUGAUGACACUGUCCCGCAGCACAGUGCAGCGUCCUGGUAGCAGAGCCUGGUUCACUUCCAGGGACCUCAAGACUGAAGGACUUUCUGGGCCCAGAUGUCUGUCCUUUUGGUAUUUGAUGAAUGAGCCCUUUAUCGACAACUCUGGCCCCAGCUUGGGUGCACUGUCUGUGUAUGCUAAGCCUGCCGACUCCACCAACAUGAGACCUGUGUGGCGGCUCUACAACCACCAAGGGCCUGAAUGGCAAUAUGCCCAGGCUCUUCUCCAGGACCCUUCAGAAAUGGUAAUCAUCGAAGGGAUCUGGGGUUCAAGCAGAGCCAAUGGUUUCAUAGCCUUUGAUGAUAUUACAUUUUUCAGUGGAGCAUGUUCAACUAUACCAAGUGGAGCCGUGGUGAGACCGGGGGAGUGUCGGUUUGAGAGGGAUAUGUGUGGCUGGAAUAAUGGCACUGAUAAGACAACAUCCUCCUGGCGCCUGGCUACUAUAACACGCAGACCUGCCAACCUCCCAGACAAAACCUUCGGGGCUCCAGAUGGUUAUAUUUACUAUGACCUUUUCAAUCAAAUCUUGGGGAGCAACAUGGUACAACUGGUGUCUCCCCUAAUAACUUCUGGAGAUGAUACACAGCUGUGUUUCUCCUUCUGGUAUGCAGCGUUUGGUGCAGGAGAUUCAGCUGUAAUGCAGAUUAUUCGGCAAGAUAACUCUUCCGGAGAGGCUCUGCUGGACAAGAUAUGGAGCUUGGAGGCCAAGAACAUGGACACGACAAGGCCCAUGUGGAUGCCAGCACAGGUCACAGUGGAUGCUAGUACAGACUUCCGCAUAGUGUUGGGAGGUCAGGCUACUAAUGGUGGCUUUGCCGUUGAUGACAUCACCUUCUCUUCGGGGUCUUGUCCAACGCGGCCUGAGAGUGCAGAAGUAAGAACAAACCAGGAGCUCCAGACACAAUGACAACUGUGAGGCGUAAACGUAAUAUCUGACUCUAAUUACAGACUUUCCAGUGAAUUGUGAAAAUCUGAUUUUUUUACUUCUUUUUUUGGCAUUAUUGUGUGUGUAUGUGUGUGUUAGUGUGUAUGUAUAGAGAUUGUGUGUAUUAGUAGUAAGUGAUUGUGUUACCAAAGACUACAAUAAUAUUGUGUAUUAGUGUAUAUAACAAUGUUUAUGUUUCUAUAAUUAAAUGUUGAUUUGAAA